AUGUCUACCUAGAUCAGAGUUGCUCUGACUUAACCAUUAAGUUUGAGCCUUGUUCUGGUCUAUUCCUAUUUUCUCAUAUCCCACACCGAAGUCCAUCGCCAUCAUGGAGGAACGUCGUCAGAGACAGCAGGCAUACCGGCGGGCCCGCCGUAAGUUUGCAUGCCUCUCCUACAUGCUGACCGUGCUCUGGAUGGUGCUGGCCCUCAUUCAGUGGCUGGUUAUUUCCCUAAUAGAGGUGGUUCGAGAUGUGUUCAUUGACUGGUACUGGAUCAGCAUUAUCUUCUUUGUGCUGGCUAUGAUUUUGGUUACGCUCUUCAUCUUCAUCGAGAAAAUUCGCUAUAUAAUCGUGCUCAACUGGGUGAUCACCAUUCUGAUAGUAGAGUUUGUAAUCGUCGGAUUGUUUGCCCUGGCGGCCAAAACCCUAUGGCCAGACCUGAUUUUGUGGUUCUUUGUGUGCGUCCUGCUGCUCUUCGUGUUUAUCCUGCUUGGGUCCAUUCUGCCGCAUGACCUGACCCUGGACGUGGUGACUCUGUUUGUGGUGGCCUUCAUUUUCCUUGUGUCCACCAUCUUUUUCAUCAUGGUGUACGUUAUCCUGGCAAUGCCGUACUCCUUUUUGGUGUUCCAGAUCUUCAUAAGCAUUGUUGUGCUGCUGUUUGUGAUGUAUCAUGCCCAGACCAUCAACGGUGGACGCUUUGCAGAGAUGCGACUGAGCGAUUACCUGCUGGCCUCGCUCAUCCUCUUUCUGGACUUCAUCAUCCUUUUCCUGCUGACUUUCUACUCUCAGAUAGUCUACAAACUGGCCUCGAGUCACUCCUCCACAACCUCCUUCACGUCGUCAACAACUAGCUUUAAUACGACGACGGCAAGCAGUGAGAGCCAGGAGCAGAACGCCCCAGCGGAGGCAUAGGGAAAAAGAUUAUUCUAGAUCUCUCAGAAUGGUUUAGCUCCAGUAAUGUUAAAUUCCUAAAGUAGUAUCUGAAAUAGAUCUUAAAAGACUCUAUUUAGGGGAAAUGUAAUUAGAAGUAGAUUUCGUUUUUAGAUCUAUUAAAUGAAAAUUAAAAAUGUUAUGAAAAUAAAACAAGACAUUAAUUAA